AAUGGGAUUGUGAACGCUCAAAACUUUGAAAUAAAAUAAAAUGAACGUAAUGUAAUAAUGAAAAUGAGUUGCGAUGCGAAGCGGGAACGGGAAGGCGGCGAGCGGGGCAGUUGGAUCAGUCCCCUCUACCCGCGUGCCGGCGCCGUUCCACACCCGCUCGACCCGACCCCGCACCGCCGCCGCCGAGCGAGAGGCGACAGCUAGCCAGCUGCGCGUUCGUCUUGCUUACUUGUGUUUUUCGGAUAUUGUUGUGCGAUUGACGUUCCUUUCUUAUUUUCUCUAGUUUUAUAAACAUAAUAACAAAGACAAGGUUAAAUGCGCGUGUGCUAAAUAAUUCACAAAUGUCAUUGUUAAAUUAUUUGAAUAGAGGCAAAAUCAUUCGGACGUUUCCAGUGUCGUUAUUCAUAGUGUUACUUGGAUACCAGUGCCUUUUGUCUGUCCUGUGAAUAAAACGAGAUUGGUGCUAUUUUUGUACGUUCCUGCAAAAUUAUUAGACGUAGACUUAGCAGUGUGAUUAGUGAUUGUUGUCGUAGCCGGUUUCCGUUAAGGAAACUUUUGAAUCGUGCAUAAAACAGUGGGUAAUGCUUUCCUAGCGAAUGCGGGCCCUGCCUGCACGCAUUCCACAGGGAGGCAAGUGCCGGCAUUAAGCAUUUUACGGGAGGCGAACGGUACGGGUGGCGGGGUCGGCAGCGGAGGGCUGCUGACCAUGAACGCCACCCAGGUCCAAUGCGAGCCCCACGACUCUGUCGUGCUCAUCAAAUAUGAGCACCGUUCCGCGGGCGGCAGCUGGGAGGAGCCGGUGAGCGCGGUGCGUAACACACCGCUGCGACGCUCGCAACGGCUCAACUCCACACUGGAUUCCAGGAGUACUGGCCAGUUGCGGAAUACGCUGAGCCGAGCCCGGGAGCUUUGCGAGCGGUGGCGCAACGGGCGGGAGACGCCCUCACCGCCCGCCGCGCCUGAUGACGACGGCGGUGGACGUUUAGCGCGCUGGUUUAGCGUGCGCCGCGGCUCCGCGCACCAUUACGACAUGCACACGCAAGAUACGGACAAGAUGCCCAAACUGCCAGAGUUGGAGGAGGAUAUGUUUUCGUGCGGUGGCGAGGUGCGGGGCGGGCGUGUGCCGCCCCCGUCGCUCGGCCCUCCCCCAGAUGCCCUCACCGCGGUACAGCUGAGGCGGAGGCACGUCGUCGCCGCGAUUAUACACAGUGAAAAUUCAUACGUCGCCACGCUGCAAAGGCUUGUCAAUGACUACAAGAAGCCGUUAGAGGAAAGCAGCCCGGCGAUAUUGAACGCCAGCAAGAUCCAGACGCUGUUCCACCGGCUGCCUGACAUCCUGCAGUGUCACCUGCACUUCCGCACCGCGCUCGCAGAUUGCGCCGCCACGUGGGACCGCGAUGAAAAAAUUGGCGAGGUCUUCCUUAAUGCAUUCUCGAAGGCGGUGGUGCUGGACGUGUACUCUGACUUCAUCAACAACUUCUCCGUCGCCAUGGAGUUGGCGAAGAUGGAAUCGAAGCGCAAAUCAGCGCUGGCUGACUUCUUCAAAGUGAAGCAGAUCAGUGCUCACGAUCGGCUCUCCUUCUUCGGACUGAUGGUGAAGCCGGUGCAGCGGUUUCCUCAGUUCAUCAUGUUUUUACAGGACCUGUUGAAGCACACGCCGCCCGGCCACGCCGACAGAGUGGCGCUGCAGAGAGCCCUGACGCGACUAGAGGCCCUCGCUGAGGCCUUGAACGAGAGGAAAAGGGACGCAGAAAGGACUCAGGCUUUCCGCGCGGCGUUGCGUCGUCUGACCCGCGGCGGUGUUGCGGGCGCGGGCGGGGCGGGCGGCACCGCGCGCUUCGGAGCCGCGCGUCUGCUCGCCUCGCGCGCUGACCGCAGGCAUCUGCUGCGACAGGACGACCUGCUCCAACUUGAGUUCAAUCAAUCUGGAGCUUUAACGAAGUGCAAGCCGCGUCGACUGUUGCUCCUGAACGAUUUGGUGGUGUGCGUGUCUGUGGGCGCGGGCGGGGACGCGGAGCGCCUGGGCCUCAAGUGGGCACACCCUGUACACGACGUUGAUGUCCUCGACACUGGCACCUCGCCCACACUCAGCAGGGUACUAGCGCAGGGUAUGAACCGCAGCGGCAGCUUGCGUUCUAACUCUAGCAACGGUGUGGGCAACACCUCGACCUCCACCGGUGACUCGUUGUGCAACGAGAUGUCUGCUCUGAUGCACGACUACGAGGCGGUGUCGCGUAUGGCAGACCUCGCCGCCUCCCUGCACUCGCCAUACCCUGAACUAGCGCCUGACAUGUUCCGAGCACUGCUGCAGAAUAUACAAAAGAGUAUACAGAAAAAAGACGACGAGAUGGCUUGGGUGGACUCGUGCUGUUUACAACUGACUAUCCGUGGGCGCGAGGAGCCGCUGACUUUCCGUGCGCGCGAGCCCGGCGCGCGGCUAGCGUGGGCUACCGAGCUGCGCCUGGCCCAGCUGGCACAGGCCGCCGCCAACUCGCCCGCCUGGCGUCUGCCCCAUCCCGUACCGCACCAUAGUGUGCCCCUCUAUGUCGCUACCACGCCCGUAUACUCCUCCAAACAACUCACUGAGGUGCGUUGCGGUUGUUUCUACGUGAGCGGCGGUGGUGGUGUGGGCGGGGCUGGAGGCGGGGGUGGGACGCGCGCAGGGGGCGGGGCGGCGUCUCGACGCGCGCGCUCUCUGCUAUGGGUGUGUGCGGGCGGCGCUCAGCACAGCCACGUGGCCGUGCUGGCACAGCGCGCCGCCAGCCUCAAGACCCUCGCCACGCUGCACCUGCCCGACACACAGGUUACUUCAAUGGAGUAUGCGAAAGGCGUACGACAAGUGACAACGCUGUGCGGCGACACGGUAUGGCUCGGCACCGAGGACAAGAAGAUCAUCAUCUUCUCCGGCGUGGAGCCAGAGAAGCAGGAGAAGCUGACGGAGGUGCAGACGGUGGCCGGCGUGACGCAGGUGCGCUACCACUGCGACGCCAUGUUCGUCGGCCUUGCCAAUGGCCGGCUCGCCGUGUACCGGCGCGCCGCAGACGAUUCCUGGGCCCUGCACGAGCCGCUCGCCAUCGAGCUCGGCGACCAGCCCGUCCACUGCGUCCUGCCCGUCGACGGUAUCGUCUACGCCACCUGCGCCCGACGCGUCUUCGCCAUCAACGCGCUCACCGCCGAGAUAAUGCGCAUCCUCGAACUGAAAGGAGAAGGCGAUAGAUCGGUCAAGUACUUGGCUCAUUCCGGCGUCGGUCUGUGGACGGCCUUCUCCGAUUCCACAUACGUUAGCCUCUACCACGCCGAGACGUUCGAGCAUCUGCAAAAUAUUGAUAUCGCCGCUGACGUAGCGAAGACUAUCGGAGCUCGGGAGGGCAGCAAGCCGGCCUACGUGUCCGCUCUGCUCGCGAGCCAGGGCUUGCUGUGGGUGGGCACGACGGCCGGCGUCAGCGUCACCGUACCCCUGCCCAAGCUGGAGGGUCUCCCUCUGAUAGGCGGCCACAUCGCAGUGUCGUAUCACGCGCACGCCGGGCCCGUCACUUUCCUCCUCUCUCUCCUGCCCGAAAACCGAGAGAUGGACGUCAACGUGGUCCGCCGGAAUCUUUCAAACGCUCGUGCGUUAGCGGACACAACCCUCCAGGAGUUCAAGGAGGAGGAGGCUAAGGAUUUGGACAAACCUAAAUUAGAAAGGAGGAUAUCGGAGGAAUCCAGCCCGUACCGCCCCCAGCGGGUGCAGUCCGCCGUCGUGCGCCGCAAGAAGCCUGGCGACGUGCGCCUCAGCAAAACGCUGCCCAAGUGCGCCAACCUGAACGCUUGCGACGUCUACGGUCUCUUCGGGGACCUGAUGUUUGUGAAAGACUGCGUGGGUGACGCCGACGUGAACGGUUCGGGCGGCGAGGCGCUGCGGAGAAGCGACCCCGAGCUGGCGGCGAUACCCUUUCGCGUGAGCACGCUGGAUCGGCGGCUGCGCAUGCGCGCGGGCCGCCCCCGGAGUCUGGACCUGUCCAGCUGGUCGGUAGACUCAAGAGCCUCCAGUCUGUGCACGUCGUCCGGCAGCGAAGAGUCGAUGGCGUUGCGCGGAGUUUCGCGAACCAGCUCGGGAGCGUCGGGCGCGGCCAACCUGGCGCCCCUCGCAGCGUCCACGCCGGACUCCUCGUCGAGUAAAUCGUCCACCUCGGAGCGCUCCAUCUCCCGGAGUGAUUCAGCCAACGCAGUGGAGGUGAGGACGAACGGCAAGCGCGAGGGGAGCGGCGAGCGGAGCGGAGGGCGAAGCUUGCGGGGCGCGGACUACGUGAUGGGGUGUGGUGCGCGGCGGUCCGUGGUGACGGUGGCGGGCGGGCGCGGGUACGUGGACUGGCGGCAGACCGCGGACGCCGCGGAGCGCCCCGCACCCGCCGCGGACCCCAACCCCAAAGACGCACACCUCAUACUGUGGGAGAUGCGCUUGUGACCUCAUUCAUGUACCGUCUCCAAUAUCUUAUACUAUAGCUUUUUAUCGGCAAUUGAUGCAAAUAGUGUGUCAUAUGUUGUAAAUAAAAUGUAUAAUAUUGUAUAAAUUCCAUCGUUGUAGUGUAAGAAUUGAUUUAUGUUAUUGUGCUAAUCGAUUAUAAUUACUUGUCCGUGGCCGCCUUGCGUAUAAUGAAGAGUAUUUAUGUAAAAUUAAAAAAUUUACACUCAGUGUAAGUAAUGUGAUAAGCUUUAAAUUAUUCGAUGUUGUGCUUCAUUACACAGACGGCCUUCUACAAACGCUAUUAUUAUACAUAUUUACAAACAGGUGCAUUAUUUUUGUGUUUAAUUAUAUUGAAAUGUUAUUAAAUGAACAGUUAUUGAAGUGAAGUAUGUUAGCUUCGGAAUAGACAAAAUUAUAUGCAAAAAGAAAUUGUAAAUGAAAUAAAACCAGAAUCCAAUACACGAAUUUAUUUUUCUUCGUAUAUGUAACAGAAUAUCGUCCAUAUAUAAAAUAUUUAGGAAGUUAAUAUAUAUUUCUUACUGAUUGUACUAUUGUAUCUGCAUAGCAUUUGUUGCAUUUUUUGAAAGUUACUUAUUUGCAUAUUUGCAAAUUGUUCUUUAAAAAAAUGAAAUUUACAAUCAUUGUAAUGUAAUUUUUUUAUCAUUAUUACGAGUUUGUUAUUGUUAAUGAACCGCCAUAUUAACAUAGAUUAAUUAUGUAUAGACAAUUGUUUAAAUGUUCAUUGUAAAUUGUUUAAUUUAAUUAUAUUUGUAUAUUUUAUUUGAGAGCAGGUUAAAUGGUUUUUAACCUUUGAAAUAUUAGUGGCCUUAUUUUGAUAUUGAAAUUCCCAGUGUACGAUUUACGGCAUUCGUUUAAGCUUUAUUCUUAGACAUGUUGUCGCUUUAAGAAUUAGACUGAUUUAGCGUAAGCGUUGAAAUGUAUUAUUAGUUGAAUUGUAAUAAGACGAAUAAACGACAUCUCGAUCGAACAAACUUUUCGAUUUAUUACAAAACGAACCCGUAAAUAUUUACACCGAAUUUCAUUUGAAAUGCAUUUUUAUUUGUAAAUAAUAUAAAGAUAUUAUUAAGUUUAUUAAUAUUUUUAUUAAUAACGUCUGAAUAGCAAGUUUUGUCACAAAAUGGAUUUUAAUGUUUCCAGUCACAAUUUUGAUAGGUUUUCGUCCAAUAUAUAAGUUUUAAUAUCUCUGGUUACAAGUUUAAUUUAGCUCAAAUUGGCAACUUAUUAAAAAAAUCGUAGUAUAUACCUGUUAAAACGACAUCAAUGGACAGAAAACAUUGAAACAUGAAGUGGUAGUUUUAAUCAAUAUUGUUUUAGGCGUUCAACCGGAAGCAACAGUUUUGGUCGCCAUGUCAUUUUAACCGAUGUUGAAAAUGGUUUCUAGUUUCUAUCAUAUUACAAAAUUUGUUCCAUGUUUUAUGAAUUUUAUGAUUCGUUGUUUGUUACAAUGUUCGUGGUCAGUACUUGAUGAAAAUAUAUUGUUUAAUCCAAAGAAAUGUCUUUUCUCGGUCGUAUAUUUAUUCUGAAUGAAUUGUUUUUUUAAUUAAUUUGAACUAAUUGGAAUCUGGCUUGUUAUGUCGUCGUGCCAAAAUUAAUAUUUAUAGUAAAGCAAAAAAUCUGAUAUAAAAUAUUUGCAUCCCAUAUUUUUAUUUUUUCAAUCCACUGAUCUUUAUAAUUGGAUAGGUCAUUACACUAGGAAUAUACAGCUUUUUCUUCGUCCCGUCAUAAACGCGCCUGUUGAAGUUCCUGACAGUUCAAUUAUUAGUUCCAAUCCUCACCACCACAACCGACAGCGCCAAAAUGGCUGAAUUCAAAUGAGCACAAAAUACCACGGUUUAUAGCCUGUCCUGUAUAGAGCUCAGUGUUUUGAACAUUUCUAAAAAUCCGAAUAUGUCUCGAAUGUUUAAUUCUAACAGCUUAUCACCAAUCUCGAAAUUUAAUUUUUGAUUAUAAGGAAGAAACGUCACAAUGUGUAUGUAUUAUGGUGUAAAUAAAUUAAGUUUAUAAAUACACCUGUA